AAACCUUUUUUUUAUAGAAAAACAACUCGCUUAGUGUAUAUUUUGUAAUAUUUUAUAGAAUUAACAUUGAGUAAAACAAAAUUACAUUGGAAAAAAUGUGGGAGCAGCUGGAAAAAUAUCGCAAUAACUUUUUACAUCUAGAAGUCAAAGAUGUACUCAAGUCCAGCUCCAUAAACUGCCAGCAAAAUACGGAAUGGAAAGAGGCCAUGGAAAAGCGGGGAAAGUGCAAAUCCUAUCCACACGACUGCACCCCGAGCUCCCCGUACUUUAAUGAUCGGGCACAGCUGGCCUACGGGUGGUUUGCUUUACCCAAAUUGAUGAAAGAAAUGGACAGUGAUGUGUGUCUGACCCAUUGGAAGGCCAUUGUUUCGCUGACAGAGUUCCUAUUAAAUCCGUUGAAUGCUCAAAGAGCCAUCACUGAAAUGGAUAUUGUGAGAAAGGUGAAGAAUGCCUUUAUGAGGAUGAGAUUGCGGAUCCACAAAGAAGAGUACCGUGAGGUGGAAACAUAUCUAAAGAUUUUCAACAUUCUGUCUCGAAAUUUAAAUGGCGCUGAGAAUAUUGCUAAUCGAAAAUGUCUGAGGAAUGAGUUCUACAAAAUCAUACAGAAUCGAGUGCCACUCCAAGAAGACUUGGCCGCUGAAAUCUUACGCAAUUUGACGGGCAAACCAAAAGUUUUGGGGAUCAUGAUGGAGGAUCCCGACAACUUAAUCUCAGCGGCUGUGAUAUUUCAGCAGGAUCGCUGCCAGCCCAUAUAUCCGCGGCAUUUCUGGCACCAUCUGUGCCACAUGCUGGAGCUUGAACCCGAGCGCGGAAUCGAACUCGGCUUGUUUGAGUUCCUGCAUUCGCGGAUCCAGAACCGCCUACCUUUCUACUGGUGCAUGGCCACAAAGGCCUUUGCUCUGCUCCUCCGCUGUCCAGAGGGCCAGCGCCGCUUCGAUGCCGUUGAUGGGGUGAAGCUGCUGUACGAAGUUUUCCAGGAGAUCGAGACCAACCCCAAAAAAUUGCUGCACCGACAGAAGGUGAUGAGCUGGGAGUUUGUGGUCCUGGCCCUCCUCAACGGCCUCCACAGCAAGCGCGCCCUUUGGCGUAGCCGGGAAUUCACGCCGUUGCCCUGCUAUGUGGGUCGCCUGAUGUCCACCGAGACCAAUCCCCGCCUGCAGGUGUACUGCCUGAAGGCACUGCGAGAGCUGGGAGUGAUGCCGUGCAUCAAGCGCUACAUAAUCGGCAACUGGCUGGAGGAUGUGCGUCAACUUUUCUGCCUGGAUGCGGAUGCGGAGUGUGCCCGGGAUGCUUUGCUUGACUGGCUGCGUCGCGAUAUAGCUGAUAGCAGUUAGUUCUCAUCCUCAGUCGUCCACCCACACACGUAAAUUAUUUAUUUUCGGUUUCAUUCAUUCAUUCAGUUAUUUGAAAUUCCACUGCCAAGCCGUUGGAAACAUCGCAGCAGAAUUUGCACACUUAAACAUUUCCCCGCUUUGAGAGACGUUCAGAUAAAUUAUAACCGUUUCGAACUACCCCUAAAUGUCCCAAAGAUAAGUCCCAAAUCGGUUCACCCACGCACAGAGAGCGCGCAAGGAAGAGAGCAACGGAGAGCACAACAGAAAAGUUUUUGUUCCGGUUUUAUUGUCAGCUGUGCUCUUGUCAAGCGGGAAAAUCAAAACUUGAGCAAACAUUUUUCUCUCUUGCAACACAAUUGAAUACUUGAAUUGAAAAUUGAAUAAUAAUUUGUGUGAAGGCGCACAAAUACAGGCUACAGUUUGUACUUUUCCUUGACCUUGUCCAUCGAUGAUAUCCUACUGCCAGUCAACCAUCAUCUUGCUGCAGUUUCCGUAUACUUAAU